AUGAGUAUAGGCCAGGAGAACAAAACAAAAGGGUUAAAGAUUGGAAGCUCAAUAUUGGUAGAUCCUUGGGGGAAAUGGAGCAGUGGCCGAGCUUUGGAUGGAGCCUCUGGCACCCCCAGUACCGCGCGGAGGGAGGACAGCGGGAUCUCCGUUACAGCUAAGACGGACUUUCUUCAUCACGGCAACGAAGUUGUCAAAUCCGAUGGACAGGGGCCCAUUAACGCCGGCAAUACAGAGGUUGAACUCUAUAACGACAAGCCCUUGUCAAGCAGAAUUAAUUCUUCUUCUUCAGAGUCCCCCAUACAGAGACAGAGCUUUGCCAAACCGAAGUCACCAUGUCUUGCCCAGAUUGCUUCAAGGGUUCCGUCCACGAUCGUGCCGAACCAGCGGGUCAAUUCGAGACUCUCUACGGUUGGAACCCGUACGUUACUGGCGACGUCAAUGCUAAAUCAGCCGUUCUAUACCUUCCAGAUGCUUUCGGCUUAA